AUGACGGGCCAGGACACGUACGAAAUCGGCGACUUGACUCGCAUGGCUGAUCAAUUGGCAAAAGACAAGAUAUCCAAUUACACUGGGAAAGCGGGCUACAAAUUUGGUGAUUUAUCGAAAGAGAUUCUGCGACGUACUUGGGAGGGCGAGUAUCUUUUGGAAGACGUUUGGUUGGCGCUCAAACUGUUGAUUUCGUAUGGUUUGGGUAUUACCUCGCUGACUCGAUUGAUGCCUAUCAAGGUACUUUUGGAACUUAUCAAUGUAGGGUUGGCACAACAAGCAACAGGAAGGGCAAUGGAAGUAUUGGCAGGGACAUUGGAUGAACGCAUGAAAGCUGCGCUGACUGGAAAUUCCAAAUAUCAACUUGGCGACAUUACAAAAGAUAAACUCACUAGAGCGCUCCAAGAAUUCACCGGCAAAGAAAGCUACAAGUUUGGAGAUAUUGGUCAAAAGAUCUCCAGCCUAGCCACUUAUUCCGGAGAGCAGACAAACACUAAAGAAAUCCAUAUCUUGGAUGACAAAACUAUGGCAGCUGAGCUUCGUAGUUGGGAUGCAAAAUUCCAAAAAGAUGCUAUGGACAAAACUUGA